UUUUUUUGCUUGCAUUCCUUUACUUCUAACAGUUAUUUACAUUGGUGAAAGCGAAUAUGUUCAUUGUAUUCCAUCAACAUGUAAUUGCGGUUAUCGGGUUAGAACGUUUGACUUUCCUGCACAAAAAGGAAUCGCGAUUUAUGAUAUAUCGUUAAAACUUCGAUGCACACCAUUUAAUAAAAUAUGGAUGGGUGUUACUGACAGUGGCGGGAAAAUAUCUGUAUGGAACUCUCGACAGCAAAUAGUUCCUAUAUCAUAUUCUCAUUUUGUAUUCUUCUCAUCUGUAGUUUCUCUACUGUAAAAGGUGCUCCAACUUUAGAAGCAACUCCCUUAGAGCCUCUGCUGGCAGUGGCCGGGGAUGCUGUACUCAUAGAUUGCGUCGUAAAGAAUUUGCAAAAUUAUACAAUAAUAUGGAGGCGGGUAGUACCAGGCUCCAACAAGACAGAAAUUUUGAGUGCAGGGGAAGUGCGAAUCAUACCAGAUUCGAGGUUUUCCUUGUUGCAUCAAAAAGGACAUGAAACAUGGGUGCUUCAAAUUCAAAAAGCUCAAGUGAAUGACUCAGGUCGAUAUAUCUGCGAAGUCAACACAAAUCCUCGAAUGCAGAUAUUUAGGCUACUCUCAGUGGUAGAGAGAAUUCAAACCAGUACCAAAGCCUUCCCUGUGGAUCAUAAUUAUACAAAUUGCUGUGUUAACCAUGGAGUUCCUGCGAAUUGCAGAGACUUCUGCAGCUUACAGUCUGUGAUAAUGGGCGGACACCCGAACCCCUGGCAAUGCAUGGACCAUCUACCAGUGAUUACAAGGUGUCUGACAGAUGGCCGGAACCACAUGCCUUGCUGUGAGAAGCAAAAUAUACCUGAAGUGUGUAGAUCAGUUUGUUCCGGUGAUUAUGGUUUGUCUACAGUACUGCAACAUUAUUCCUGCAUGGAUCAUACUAUUCCUACUCUGUCUUGCAUUGCUGAAGGAAUAGAGCUACUGCCAGGACCUCCGCAAGAGCUAACCGUGGAAGCCCUUUCGGAAUCUGAGCUCAAAGUGAAAUGGAUUCCACCCCAUCAGGAUGUACCAGUAGAGAGAUAUCAUCUGAAUCUUACGUUGAUAAAAGAAUUGAGUGAUGCACAGGAAAUGGAAUUGGGAUCAACAGAUCAAAAGAAAAUGAGCAAGAUACCAGAAUUAAAGAAAUUAGGAACAUCAACGUCUGUGAAAUCUUUCAUGACAGUCAUUGUAGAUGGCAAUAAAACCAGCUACGUGGCCAGUGGUCUUCAGCCUAUGUCAAUGUACGAAGUUAGAGUGACAUCUGAGAAUUCGCAUGGAACUAGUAUGCCAACAUAUGCAGUUAGAGCCCUGACAUUGUCUUCCGACUCGAGAGAUGCGGUUCCAGUUAACACUUCAGAAAUUUAUUUUGCUCAUUUACCAAACAUCACGAAGUGCUGUGAGGAUAAAGGUGUUCCACAAGGAAAAUGUCUCAAUAGUCUUUGUGAUCCAUCGGCUGAAGAAGAUGCAAAAUUAUCGGAUGUCCUCAUGUGUGCACCAUAUGUCAACAUUACUUUUGAAUGCAUGGCUGGAGGGGUGGAUCAUAGUCAGUGCUGUCAACAAAGAGGUUUGCCUGAGAUCUGCCUAGAUUUCUGCCGUGGCAAUAUCACUCAGCUGGAUUACCGCCAUUUCAUAUGUUUAGAUCACAUAGAUAUUUACGGCAACUGUCUUUUGGAGCAUUACAAAGUUCUACCUGGAUCUCCAGAACAGUUCUUGGUAUCGAUGGUACAUUCAAGGUGGGCUGUUCUUAGAUGGAGUCCUCCAAGUGUAUUAGCUGAAAGUGUUCUUGGUUAUGUAUUAUAUUGGAAAGAGGUAGCAAUGGACGAAAUCAUUGAAUAUAAUGUCGUGACAGACGUGAAAUCACCCCAUUUGUUGGAUGAUCUAAAGCCACAAACAAGAUAUGAGGUUUACGUUGCUGCCAAAAAUGCAUUUGGUCUCAGCCGAGGAUCAGUUCGAGCUGUUUUCACAACCACGCCAGAAGUAAAUAAAACCGAAAAAAUUAUGAAGAACACUCCAACAUACAACGAAACAGCCUGUUGCAUUGCCGCAGGAUUGAAGAAAUCAUGCCUGGAUCUCUGUUCCUAUAAUAUGAAAAUGUCAGACUUGCAACUGCUAGCAAUUCCUUGUGCCAAUCAGCUAGAGAUCCUUGUCCGUUGUGGAGCUGGUGGGAGAGACCACACUUCUUGUUGUCAAAGAAGAGGAAUUCGUUGGGAGUGUCAGCCCUUAUGUUCUGCUGUGAUAGAGAUGAGCCCACAAGCCAUUGCAAGUACCUGCAUAGGGGAUGCUGGGAAGAUUAUCCAGUGCAUGGCUGAAGGUGUUGGGAUGCUGCCUGAAGCACCUCAAGAUCUCCACACCAUGAGUGUCCUACCAACAAGGAUACAUGUCAAGUGGAAUUUUAAUAAUACAACUGAGUAUCCAGUGUGGUUUGAAGUUCGGUAUACUGAAACUCACGAAAAAAUUCCUCCUCAUCCACUGGACUAUGCAUAUAUUGAAAAUUCAACUGAUACUAGCUUUGACUUGAAAAAUCUUAAGCCCGAUUCCUACUAUAGCAUAUAUGUCGUCGCAAUGAAUGAAUUCGGCCCAUCACUGGCGUCUCUGGUUCUCUUGGUCCGUACCCCUGAAAGAGAUGAAAUAUACAACGAAACAGUGGAAGCAACGUUAGGUCCACCACAUUCCUUGGAAGUAACUCAUCAAACGAUGGAUAGUGUAUCUCUGAGUUGGCGCUCACCAUUCCACGUCCCAGCUAACUCUUCAUUAACCUACACAGUAUUUUAUCAGCCUGUAAAUUCAACAGAAGACAUCGAAGAUUCUCAAAGCAAAUUGGCAACGGUACACAAUUACAUCACCAUCAACAAUAUGACGGUAAACACUCAAUACGCCAUAGCUGUACAAGCAAGAACUGGCCACCAAGAAAGCCCACUAUCAGAGACCGUGCUAGCUUGGACGGAUCCUGCAAUUCCAGCAUUCCUGAAUCCCCCAGUUGUUGUACCACAAGAACCUAUUGUGGAAGGGUCAAAUGUCACUUUGCUGUGUGUUGCAACUGGUAUGCCGGUGCCAGUUGUAUCUUUGUUCUUGAAUGGGCAACUAAUGGUGCAACAGCAACAGAGUCAUGUCGCCCUCGUUGUUCCUCAUAUACAAAGGAAUAUCACUAAGGUUGACUGCUUUGCUGAUAAUGGAUUGGGAACAGGUGCUCAAAGCUCCGCAGCUUUAGAAGUAAAUUUCAUGCCACAAGUUGAAUCUCUGGAUAAAAGAAUUCCCGCAGAGGAGGGCAGUCAAGCAACAAUUCGUUGUUUGGUUACCGGUCACCCUGUACCUCGUGUAUUAUGGUACAGAGACAGAAAAUUAAGAGAACCUUUGACAAAAAAUUCUGAUUAUGAUUUAAAUAUGAAACCCUACAGAGAGAAAAAAUACAGUUACCUAGCGACUCUUACAUUACUACAUGUAACAACAGCUCAUGAAGGUCAAUAUUUCUGUUACGCUGAAAACAACUACGGCAAAGAUACAGUGUUUGUGAAUGUUGAUGUUUUACCAAAGCUAUACACUAAUGCAUCUGCUUGUUGCCAAGAGAAGAAAGUAAGUGACGAAUGCCAAGAAGCUUGUAAUAUCGAUAUCGACAUACAAACAGCUCUCAAUAAACCAAAUUGCUUCAAAGAUCUCGAUAAACUGAUGUAUUGCGCAGCAGACGGAAGUGAUCACAGGAAGUGUUGCAGAGAUAAUGGGAUUCAAAGAAGUUGUCUCAGGUGGUGUCAGGGAAGACCCAUCAUCAACACUCAACUCUGCAUACUACACGCUUCCAAAAUAGUUAGCUGCUUCGAAGAAGGAAAAGCGGUAUUGCCUGGCCCACCUCUGAAUAUCCAGUAUCACCUAACUGGACACAAAGAUUUGGAGAUAACGUGGGAUAUGCCUCAGAAAAAUCCUAAAGUAGUGCAGUGGUACAAGGUAUUCUGGAGGCCCAUUGGUUCUCGAUUAAUGUACAGAAAUCACACUAAAGAUCGAGCCAUAGCCCUUCAUGAUUUAGAACCAGGUACAACUUAUGAGGUUGUGGUGAAAGCUGGAAAUCAUUAUGGUAUCAGUCUUCAUUCAGAGCCUUUGACUUUUACCAUCACAGGUAUCGAUGGCGAUGGAAAUAUCAUUACAGAACCAGCUGGUUAUACCUCACCCUCUGUAGCGAAGACGACAGCUGCAAUCAUUGGCACAAUAUUGUUCUUGCUUUUGGUUGGUGGAUUAGGUUUCUUCUUUUACCAGAGGAAUAAAUUAAUGAAGCCACCUCCUGGAAUAUCACCCGGAGUGUCAUUCGAAAAUCCUACUUACAUGAAAGACAACAUUCCACAGAAUAACACUCCAGGAUCAAUUGAAACCAAUGGUGAAACAAAACGAGAUAAUGGAGAAACAAAGAGAGAAACACAGACAUAAAGAGCUUAAAACAUUAAGUAAUGUAAAGUGAUACAAAAAAUGUUGAGACAUUUAUUCCCAUGUGAAAUAUGUAAAUGUUGAUUAGAAUGUAAAUAUAUUAGUCUAUAAUUAAAAUAUGCUGUAAUAAACAACUAAAAAUGAUUUUUCUGAAAAUAUUUUUACACUAUAAGAUCUCGGUGAUAUUUGUGAUGCUUUUAAUUUUUUUACAAUACUUUUAUUAUGUGGAAUCAUUUAAAUAAAUGUGUGUAUAUAUAUGUAUGUUAAUGAAAUCUUUUUUUGUACUAAAUAUUUUAAGAUAUUUAGAAAAAAUUCUGAUAUAUGACUCUUACUCUCUUAAAAAUACAGUAAUAUGUUAAUUAUUUUCUUAUUUUUUAACUGAAGUUUUUGAUCUUAUUAUUUGUUGUGAAGUUUGACGAAUAUGAAAGGUGUUACAAAAAAUGGCAUAGCAAAAAUUCUUUGUAAAUAUAUAUAUUAGUGUCUUAAAAUUACUUUGUCAAAAAAAUAACUAAUUUAUAUAUGGAUAAAACAAAAUCGAGAGGAAAGCUUAUUCCUAAGUUUUUUAAUACAUCAAUGUUUUAUAUUUUUUGUAAGCUGUUUUGCACUGAUCUUGAAUCUAAGAAUAUAUUUAAAAAUGCAUUAUUCUAGGGCUAGUAACACUGUUAAACAUAAAUCUAAUAUUUAACAGUCAAAUUACACCCCUUGAAAUAAGUUUUACAUCAAAUUGAAAGCUUAGAGUUACUGUGAGUUCAUGAAUUGCUUUUAACAAUAAAUAAAUGUACUAGUAACAACUUGAGCACUUUCAUCAGAAAAGAAUGGAAUUUAUUAGAGGUUAAUGUUUUGUUAUGCACCACAGUGCAAGUUUUUUAAAAUG